UACCACUGUGCCAAUCAGCUGUUUGCAGAGCUGGCUAGCAAAAGAAGGCAACCUGGUCACACUGGACAUUGAGGCGUGCACCGUCGGCAGACAAAACUAUCAAAUCGAAAUUUAAAUAAUGGAAGACGAGGACGAUCCCGUCGUGGAGGAGAUUCCCGUAUUCCUGUCGAAGAACCUGAGGGACAGCUUGUAUCUCUUUCAAUACCCCACGAAAACGGAGCUCCCGAACCACGAUGAUUCCGUGAUUGUCAAUUGUUGUGUAAAACCAAUCGCCCAGGAGGUGAAGGUGGACUUCGGCCUGGACAUUGAGUCGGCCCACUUCGAUCGCUUCAAGGGCGAGCAAUUUGCUGUGGCAGCCGACGGAAAGAACACCUAUGGAGCAGUGCCGCCGAAGGGUCAGGAGCGACCCACCUACAAACGUGGCAUCAUGGACAAACAGGCCUUCACAAGCUCGCGUUCCAUAACCGAUGUGGCCAAGUACAUAGUGGGCAUCUUUACGGAUCGGGAGGUGCAUCUGUCGCCACUCACUUCCAUAGUGCAAAUGCGCCCCGUUCUCAGCCACUUCGAUAAGGAGGACAAGCGCAAGAAGGCGGAACUGAAGGCUCAAACGGAGGACACGGACGAUGACGAGGUGCUGCAGCAGGUCACGGUUAAAUUUGCACGAGGAAAUGCCAAAAACAGCGGAAAGGAGCAACGUGCUGGCACCUACGACGGUUUCGUCCAGCGAAUUGCGGAUGAGCCGUGGUGCGAGGCGUACUGGCACUCGAGGGCCACGCCCACCGCCGAAUUGGAGCGCCAGAAGCUCUUUGCCACCAGUCAUCACGGCAGUUCCUCUUUGGCUCUCGCUCCUGACGAAUAUCUUCGCAAGCUUCUGCCCUACGACGAGCAUGUGCAGACGGUAGCCCCACCUGCCGCUUCCGCUGCCGCCCAAGUACUUCCCGUCUACAACAAGGCCAUGCUGAAGUCUAUGCCGCUGCUGGAGCAGCUUACAGUGCUACUGAGGGAUGCGCGGAUGCUCUCGUUCAGCGACGUCAUUAGUAUUCUCGCGGAGCACGUGGAUCCGCAUGUGGCUGCCGACAAGGUGCUGGCUUUGCUGCCCCAGGUGGGCAUCCUACUGCACGGCAACUGGGUGCCGAAAUCCGAGGUGGUCUUUCCCGAAAAGGUGCUGUCCCAUGCGAACGGUGUGUCCGCAGAGCAGAUGAUUCGCGCCAGAGAUUAUAUACUCUUCCGUUUCUCCCGCACGCCCUACCUGUUCCGAGCUCAGGUAAUGGCCGCCACCCAGUUACCUCCUGCGGAAACACUCGACGUUUUGAAGACUGUGGCCCGGGUGAAUAACACAAAACGGUGGGAGCUACUACUGCCACCCGACAAGGAGUUCGAGCAAAAGUACCCGGAACUGGUCAGCCGACAGGAGUACCACUGGACCGCUUCCGAGCAGCACUACAAUGAAAUGGACUGGGCUAGGGAAACCAAGCGUGUUCGCAAACGAUCGACGAGGAAGAGCGAAUCCCAGUCACUGACUUCAGCCAUGCCGCCGCCCGCAAUGAAUCACUCAACAACUGGCUCCGUGGAUGCGUAGCAUCGGAUGAUGAUCUCCCAGCGGCGGAGGAUCGGGAGCACCAUUAUACAUCUAGGCACUAUUAAAAAGACCAACAAUUUUACUUUGUUAAAGAA